AUGCACACAACACGCACACAUGGGAGAUUGUACCCUAGUUGGCGACUGCCAAUGCUUUUGCCGUUGAAGACGCUAGAGCAUCGAUUCAAUGAAGUCCUUCUGGACCAUGCUCGACAGACUAUCAAAGCCCUGGACAAAGGUCAAAUGAGACCCCGUCCGUACCCAAACGAAAGUACAUUGCUUCCGAUGUGGGCCUCGGCAUCGACGAUGAGCGCUGCACAAGGCCCGGUCGAUAGCGCCACGGAGAGAACGACGUCGGUCGCUGGUGUCUCUCCAGAGUCCGAAAUCGUGGAAAGUGCGGUCCCAAUUGCAGAUACGCCGCCUGUUGACUGCAAAUCAUUCAGUAACUGUGUUUUAGCGCCCAGUGACACGUUUACUGGCGUCAUCAGCCCGGCAGUCUCUGCUCCGUGCUUCCUAGCCGGCCCCCUGCAUAUCCAUCUCGAGAUGGAGGAGAUUUCGAAGUCAGAAUGUGCAGCAAGGUGCCUUGUCUACUCCAUUGAAAGAAUGACAGUCAGCCAGACCACUAAGCUACCCAUCGAAUCUCCAAUGAUGGACGUGGUGGAACUAAAGAGCGAGAUGACAUAUGCGCUCCCGGCGAACGGGACGUUCUGCCUCACAGCUCACAAUACUGCAGUUAAAAUCGCGUUCAAGCGGUGA